AUGACAACCACGAACAACACAUGCAAUAAGGUUGGUGUUGGUUUCCCAACCAACGGAGCCGAAAACUGUAAUGACAAACCUGCGUUGUUGGAGGCAAAAAGAACCACCCUUGGCCACCACAUCGCACGGCGACUGGUUGAAAUCGGGGUGAAGGAUGUUUUCACCGUCCCUGGAGACUUCAACCUCGCCCUUCUCGAUUAUUUGGUAGCUGAACCUGAGCUUAACCUCAUAGGGUGCUGCAACGAGCUCAAUGCAGGGUAUUGUGCUGAUGGGUACGCCAGAUAUAAAGGUGUGAGUGCUUGUGUUGUCACCUUCAACGUCGGUGGCCUCAGCAUUCUGAACGCCAUUGCCGGUGCUUACAGCGAGGAUCUUCCCAUCAUCUGCAUCGUUGGAGCUCCCAACUCCAACGACUAUGGCAGCAACAAGAUUCUUCACCACUCCAUUGGGUUGCCAGAUUUUAGUCAAGAGUUACGCUGCUUUCAGCAUGUCACUUGUCAUCAAGCUGUAGUAAACAACUUAGAAGAUGCACAUGAACUCAUUGACACUGCCAUUGCAACUGCUUUGAGAGAAAGCAAGCCUGUCUACAUAAGCAUAGCCUGUAACUUGCCUGGCAUCCCUCACCAUUCCUUCAUUGAUCAUCCUGUCCCAUUUUAUUUGACUCCCAAGUUGACUGAUGAAAGGUGUUUGGAAAUUGCCGUGGAAGUAACGUCAGAGUUCUUGAAUAAGGCAGUGAAACCAGUGAUGGUAGGAGGGCCAAGGUUGCGGAUGGCAAAGGCUAGUAAUGCUUUCAUGAGAGUGGUUGAUGCUUCGGGUUAUCUCUUUGCAGUGUUGGCUUCAGCAAAAGGGAUGGUGGCAGAACAUCACCCCAACUUCAUUGGCACUUACUGGGGACCAGCUAGCACUCCCUUUUGUGAAGAAAUUGUGGAUUCAGCUGAUGCCUACCUUUUUGCUGGUCCAAUAUUCAAUGAUGUUAUCUCUUUAGGAUUCUCACUACCCUUUAAAAAGGAGAAGGCAAUUGUAGUUUUGCCAAAUCAGGUAAUGAUUCCAAAUGGACCUACCGUCGGUUGUGUUUCAAUGAAGAACUUCUUUGAAGCACUUACAAUACGCCUUAAACGCAACACAACUGCUUCUGACAACUACCAAAGAAGACUCGUCCAAGAUGACCUUCCCAUUCAGCCUAAUACAAAGGAAGAAUUAAGGGUCAAUGUUUUAUUCAGACACAUACAGAACAUGUUGUCCCGUGACACUGCUGUGAUUGCUGAAACAGGAGACACUUGGUUUACAUGUCAGAAGUUGAAACUACCACAAGGCUGCGGGUAUGAGUGUCAGAUGCAGUAUGGAUCAAUAGGUUGGUCAGUUGGUGCAACUCUUGGUUAUGCACAGGCUGCUCCCCACAAGAGAGUGAUUGCUUGUGUUGGUGAUGGUAGCUUCCAGAUGACAGCACAGGAAGUCUCAACAAUGUUACGGUGUGGACAGAAUGGCGUCAUCUUUCUUAUUAACAAUGGUGGAUACUCUACAGAGGUAAAAUUCCAUGAGGGACCUUACAAUGACAUAAAAAACUGGGACUAUGCUGGACUGGUGGAAAAAUUAGACAACGGUGAAGGCAAGUGCUGGACUACGAAGGUGCACUGUGAGGAGGAGCUAACAGAAGCAAUAAAGACAACAAUGGAAAGCAAAAAGAAGUGCCUAUGCUUCAUUGAAGUGAUAGUUCACAGAGAUGAUACAAGCAAGGAAUUGCUUCAGUUGGGAUGCAAGCUUGUGGCUGCUAAUGGUCGCCCUCCUAAGGAUCGCUAA